UAUCAUGUGAUUUCACUCAUAUGUGGAAUUUAAGAAACAAAACAGAUGAACAUAGGGGAAGGGAAGGAAAAAUAAGAUAAAAACAGAAAGGGAGACAAAUGAUAAGAGAUUCUAAAAUAUACAGAACAGACUCAAAGUUGCUGGUGGGGUGUUGGGUGGGGGGAUAGGCUAAACAAGCGAUGGGCAUUAAGGAGGGUGCUUGCUGGGAUGAGCACUGGGUGUUAUAUGUAAGUGAUGAAUCACUAAAUUCCUGAAAUCAUUAUUACGCUGUAUGUUAACUAACUUGGAUUUAAGUAAUAAUUAAUUAAUUAAUUUAAAAAAACUCAGCAGUAGACAAACAAUCCAAUUAGAAAAUGGACAAAAACCAGAUGUUUUAUCAAAGAGAAUACAGAAAUGGCAAAUAACACAAUAAAAUAUGUUCAGCAUCAAUAGCCAUGAGGGAAAUGCAAGUUAAAACCAUGAUGAGGUAUCACUACACACUUAUGAGAAUCAUUUUAAAAAAUAGUGACCAUAGUGGGGCGCCUGGGUGGCACAGUCAGUUAAGCAUCCAACUCUUGGUCUCGGCUCAGGUCGUGAUCUCACAGUUUGUGCGUUCCAGCCCCACAUUGGGCUCUGUGCUCAUGGCGUGCAGCCUGCCUGGGAUUCUGUCUCUCCUUCUCUCUGCCCCUCCCCUGCUUGUGCCCUCUGUCUUCUCUCAAAAUACAUAAAUAAACUUUAAAAAGUUUUAAUAAAUAAAAAUAAAAAAUAGGAACCAUACCAAAAGCAGAUCAGGAUGCAGAAAAAACUGAUCAUUCAUACGUUGCUGGUGAGAAUGUAAAAUAAUAUAGUCACUCUGGAAAAUAGUUUGUGUCUUCUUAGAAAACUAAACAGACACUAGCAAUCGCACUCCUUAUGGAGAAAUGAAAACGAUGUCCAUACAAAAACCCAUACAUGAAUGUUCACAGCAGCUUUACUUGUAAUAGCUCUAAAUUAGAAACAACUCGAAUGUUCUUCAGUAAGGGAAUGGUUAAAUAAACUGUGGUACAUUCUAUACUCUGGAAUAAAACUCAACAACAAAAAACCCAAACUAUUGAUACAUGCAAUAACUGAGUGGAUGUUGAGGGCAUUCUUCUGAGUGAAAAAAAAACGCCAAACUUGAGCCUGAGCAGGCAGAGGAGCCAGGAGUAGUGGGGUGGACAGAAGGGAGAGGGGAGAGCGAGUGUCCUUCACAGCUUCCCUCUCAAGCCACCUCCAGGUUUCUGGCCUGGGUCACAGCAUGUUAACCUCCCCCCUUCGCCCUAAUAAUAAAGGACGUUGACAUGCACGAAGUUGUUCUGCAGCCUAGGCUUGGUCCAUCACCCCUAAAAGGCAGAGCUAAGCACCCUCUACGCACGUGUCUCCGCCCUAGAGGCGGUGUAUUGGAGAGUGGUUCUCACACUCGGCUGGGUAUCAGACCGGCCGGCUGAAUGGGGUGGUGCCCGGGGAAGCUGUGUUCCACAGGCUCUUCCAAUUCCUGAUGUGGCCAGCUAGGCAGAUCCUUCAGAGCAGCCCUCAUCUCUCCCUGCUCUUCACCACAGCCCUUCCCUGUCCUCAUCUCCUGCCGCCACUAGUCUCCCCUUCUCUCACCUCCUUCGGGCCCUUGCUCACAUCUCAUCUGGUCAGUGAAUGCUUCCCGUUCCAUCCAUUUUAAUAUGGCAAACAUUCUGCCUUUGCUCUCCCACUGCCCUCUGCCCUGUUUACUUUUCUUCCCACACUUAUUUCCCUCUGACAGGACAGUGGUGUGCUGGAACUGACUCAUAAGAGCUUGCAAAAGCCUAUUACACUCUUACAAGCUCUGCUGGCUGGUUGUUACGCCUAGCCAUCAUUAAAAAUCAAAUUACACAAACUUAAUUAAAUUAAUGAUAUUAAAAACAAAGGCAAAAAAUGCUCAAACUCAUCACUUCGUAAUUGUUUGCUACCUUUUGCUAUUUAUUAUCUAUGUUCUUGAGAGUCUUCACUGUUGUGGAAAUAUAUAAUCAUAUGCAACUAUGCAUUUCCAUUCAAUUCUCUAUUCAGUGACAUCUCAUUGGUAGCUUGAAUUCAGCCCUGGUAGGAGUAUUCACACCCAAACAUAGGUACGUUAUAAAUCAGGUUUAUUAUUUUGUCGAUUGUCUGCACCAGGGGUUGAUCAUGGCCCAAAUCCAGCCCAACUACUUUUGUAAAUAAAGUUUUAUUGCAACACAGCCAUGCCUACUCAUUUGCAUACUAUCUGUGGCUGCUUUCACCCUACAAUAGCAGAGCUGAGCAGGUACAAUUAUAUGGCCUGCAAAGCUUGACCUGUUUACUAUCUUGCCCUUUACAGAAGAAACUUGCCCACCCAUGGUCUAGCCUUAACAUCUAACGGAGGAGAUGUUAAUAAUGCAAUUAAAUGUAAACACAUAUGUCCUGUCUCUAGCUACUACAUUGUAAACAGCACACACACCAAAAAAAAUUGAGAAAACAUACUGCCGGUAUUUGAAAACUGAUCCAAUACAGCAAAUAAGUCGAUAUGUCAUUGGUGAAUAAGUGAAAUUCCAACAUUUUAUUCUUUCACUUUUUUACUUUCUUCCUCCUGAAAAUGUCAACAUUUAUGUUGGAGCUACAUUUGUUCAUCCAUAACAACCAUAGAUUGGCUAUGGAUAGGAGUUAGGCAAGACCCAGGAAAAGCAUACUGUUAAGAAUGAACUGGCUCUUUGGAAUUUACAAUAAAGAGUAUUGUAGAAUUUUAUUAUUUUAUAUUUGUAUCGGUAAAACUUAUAAUACACACACAUAGGUAAACACAUUUUUCUUUACAAGCACGCGUACUGUUUUGUUUCCCCUCCAGCAGAACGUAAACUCCUUGAGAGGAAGAAUGUUCUUUUAUCCCAGUGCUUAGAACAACACCUGACAUGUAGCACGUGCACAGUCAACAUAGGACGGGAGAGAACAGAUGAGCAUAGUUGGGAACCCCUGGUUUCAUGCAUUGACUGUCAGACCUUCAAUUUCCAGCUCCACCAUUAUCCACAUGUGUGGCCUUGAGUAAAUUAUUUAACCCCUUUGAGACCUGGCUUCUUUAUUUAAAAAGAGGAGACAAUUCUCUUACCUCACAGGGAGGUAAGAGAACGCCUCUACCUGGCACCUACUAGGGUUUUCCACAAAUGGGAGUUUCCUCCUCACCCUCCACCCCUGCCACACACAUACUCCUUGGAGACUCAGCUCUGCUGCUGUCACAAAUUUCAGUGAUGUCACAGCCCCCCUCCCUGGAAGCUCCAGCACAGCCCUCCUGACAGCCAGCCUGAGUGCUGGCCGAACUGAGAGGGGCAGGGUGCAGGUGGUGCCUGAUUCCAGUCUUGCCCCAGAUAUCUGUCUUUGAGGCCUCACGGCCCCAGUAUGAGUCCAUCAGCAAGGAAAAGGCCCAAGGAUAGAAUGGUUUCCAAGCUACAAGAUGAAGAACCACAGGACAAGAUACCGCAACCUGUCAGCAAAGCAAUUAGGCGGAACCGACUUAAGAUGGUAUUAAAAAACUUGUCGCUCUUGAAGCUGCUCAAGAGCUCAAACCCCCGGAUCCAAGAACUGCAUAACUUGGCCAAAAGGUGUUGGAAUUCGUUGCUCAGAGUUCCGAAGAUCCUUGGGAUCUCCACCAGGAGCAGUAAUGUCUGCGAUAGAGUGGAACAAGAUAAUGAAGAGCUCCAAGAGGCUGGGUGCCCCGAGAAGACACUGGAAUCCAAGAAAUUACAGUCCACAGGGGAGCUCAAGCAGGGGUUGGGGGAGAGGAACAAGGCACAGGAAUCACCUGCAGCAGUGCUCCAGGGCAAAGAGCAGAUGAAGCCUGAGCUCCCACAGACAUCGAAGGAUCAUGGCCUAACCGCUUUCCCUGGAGCCCAGGGAAGGCAAUCACCUAAAGGAAAACCCCGCGUCAUCUUCCUGAAGACCUACCAGCACAAAACUCCCAUGGGGGACAAGCAGCAGCUGGAGGCAGCUGACCAGUGGAUCUGGUUUGAGGGGUUGCCCACCCGAAUCCACCUCCCCGGGCCUCGGGUGAUGUGCAGGUCGUCCACCCUGCGCUGGGUCAAGCGCUGCUGCACGCGCUUCUGCUCUGCGUCACUCGAGCUGCCCAUGUGCCAUCCGUACAGAGUGUGACGACACCACUGCCAGGCCGGGGUGGUGUGACCUUGGACAGGAGCCAGAGGUGUGACAACGGAGACGGCAGACGGCAGACGGCGCAAUCAUCUGAGCGGGAGGGAUGGGCGGGAAAAUUCACGAGUGUACAAAUAAAAUCUCCCAUAGGGACUGAAGAAUAUUACCGCCAGUUCUUCCUGUUUGGGGCUGGAAAGGAUGGAGGAAAGAGGCCCUCGGCGGAGCUGGCCUCUCGAAGGAUGCAUUCUAUGAAGUCACAGAAAGGGAACAUCUGUCAGGUGCUUUCUGGGUGACCGGUACCUCACAAUGGCCCUGCAAGCCAAGGAGAUGA